AACAUUUUUACUGUCUUGAAUGGAAAGAGUAAUUUUCUGCUAGUCUGACAAAAGGUUGCGACCUUCAGAUCUUGGUUUCUGGCAUACCUGAACAAGAUACUUCUAAGUGUUAAAACUAAGUUUCCAGUUCAAAAAUGCAGUCUCUAUCUGGGUUAUAUUUUUUUCUCCUUUUCUGAAAGCCUUUCUCAUCCUUUUGGAGUUUCUCACUCUGUUCUUUAUGCUGUCUUCUAUUUUGGGACCCUGAAUUUCAGGAGAGAUUGUUGUGCUGCCUUGUAGGAGCUGGUCACAAAAGGAGAGGAAGCCUUAGGAGCCCUAGAAUUACUUUGAAAGGCAAGAUAGAUCAACAGACUCUUAACAGUUCAAACACGUUUAUCCAAACAGGAUAAGGGAAAGCUAGGUCAAAGACCAAUUACAAACUUAGGAAAGCAAAACAAGAUAGGAAAACAACAGCAUGCAGAUAAGAUGCACAGUACAUCACAUAAUAACAAGUCAUGUCAACAAGAGCUUCCAGAGAUAAACAUGAGGAUAUGUAGACAAGGGGAUGUGAAGAAGUCCCUCAUUGUCUUUCCUCAGCUCCAGGAAAUGCUGCCAACUAUGCCUUCAUUGCCAGUCAGAUCAGUUUGUAGUUAGAGUAAAUUCUGCUGGGAUGCUGGGCACUUUUAUCUUGUGAAGCACUCAGCUUGGCGACCUUUCCUUUCUCAUGAAGUCAGCUUGAAGUGUAGUAUCAGUAUGUCAUGCUUUGAAGCUCAGCACUGGUGUCGGUUCAGACUGAGACUGGGAAGAAUGGUUUCCCAAAGAAGUGGCUUUUAUGGUUCUUUUCUCUCUCUUUUUUUUUUUUUUUGCUCCUAAAUUGUCACAGAAGCAGAGAUUGGCAGUACCUGUUCUCCAUUUUUUUAUUGUUAACAUGUUGCAUAAUUAAGGCAGAAAACCCUCGUGGUUGUCUGAAUGGGACUGUGCUCCAGCUCUUGCUGGACUAAGACUUGGCACUGUAGCAGCCUGAGAAAAAGACUUUCCACCAGCAGCAUUUGUGGAGGUGGAAACUGUAUUAGAUUAAGAUCUAAGUAAAUACAAUAACUGGACCCUAAUUAGCCAUCUACACAGAAAUGUUCAACAUGGUAUGUUUGCAGAUGGAUGCCCAGAAGAGACUCAUUUGUUUGCCAGCUUAUUGGGCUCUGGAUCUCUUACACUAGGCAGAAGUGACAUCACAUCAAAUUAACUAACCCUAGAAUUAAUGCCAGGGUACCUUGUCAGGGAACAGAACAUGAUUGUCCAUGCUAUUAAAAUAUUGAAAAGGUCCUGGAAUGGCUUAGGGUUUUCUCUGGUUUCUUCCCAAAAAAGUCCCAAGCAGCAUGGGAUUUAACACAAGCAAGAGACAAUUCUUCACAAACAUUCUGGAUGUAAACAAAUUACUUCACAGUAUAAAACAAUGUGGCUAGAGACCAUUCUAUACCAGUUGUCUUCAGGGCCAAAGAAUGGUACCAAGUGUAUUUAUAUUACUAGUUCAGACAAAUUCUAAGCGUGUGAAACUCUAGAAAAAAUGGCGGAGUCCCUGGGGCAGUCCUAAUGGUGUUUACACUUCUGAGGCCAACUGGUUAAAUUGUGGGAGAAGAAGGAAAUAACAAGUAUGAUGAACUGAAGAUCUGACCUGAUGUUGUUGUGUGAUAAGUCCUACCCAGCCAGCGUUCCUCCUCUGCAUGCUGGUGCGAUUUGCAAGUGGAUUAACACCUGUAUGUCUCUUCAGAUGUCCCAGUAGAAAAUGGAGCAGGUAUCUGAGACAUAUGAAUGACAUGCUGGAUGUGUUUAAUGCAAUAAGGAAAAUGGAGAUAUACAAGGACAUACUGUGUGUGUUUACUCUAUAGUGGCUUUUGAGGAGACAAAAGGAGAACAAGAUGUUACAAGAAUGAGCCCUCUAUGCCAGGCUAUUUGGUCCUCCUGAUAAUAUGGCUUUCAUUAAAUCAGCAGACCUUUGUAACAUAUGUAGGGCUAAGAUAACUGUGAUUUUCUUGUUCUUAGGUGUGAGUUCCCAUUUACUGCAGCAGAGUAAGCUCCUAAAAUAACAAUGAAUGCAAGUGCCAGAACUCCCGGUAAGGAACCACUUUCACUACCAAGGGUGGUCAUUACUACAAAGCUGAUGAUUUGCAAUGGUGCCACACACUGCAGUGGUGAAGAAAAAGGCCUUUUUUGUCCCUUCUGUGCUCAGAUUCUCCCAAGAAGCUUUAUGACCCUGUGUCUCUUUUGCAGGCUGCAUGUAAUAUAAAUUUCCAUUCCCCUCCCAACUCUUAUUCUGCCAUUUAGUUCUUCAUCAAUACCUCAAAUUCUCUUGGUUUUGAUAGAUGAGCCCUGCAUUCCUGCUGAGCUGUUUGACUUGGAGGAACAUUUGAAGAGUAAAACAAAUGAAUGAAAAUGAGAAUAACUAAAGCUGUAGCUCUUAGUCCCCGCCUGUGGCACUCCAGAGAAGUACUCAGAGGUGACAGGCAGGAAGAGAGACAGAGGGGAUCGGGGCGGGAACGCGGGGCUCUCCGCGGACCGACCGUUCCGGGACGACCCGAGCAAGGGCUAGGCGACAGCAGCCAGGGGCUCUCGCUCUCCUUCUCCUCUUUUUCCUCCUCCCUCUCUCCUUCUUUCCUUCCCUCGCUCUCUUCCGUCCCGCCCCACGGCCCCCUGGGCGGGCCGCCCGCCGUGGCCCAUAUAGGGGCGGCUCCGGUUGCCGGCGGCACAGUGCAUCCUUUCACCCGCGGGUUCCUCUCGGAAAAGGGUCGGAUUCCCAAUUGCGCCGCUGCCAUGGCCUCAGUGCCCUCCGCCGGCUGCCUCCUGGCCAAGAACCAGUACUACAGAAGGUUACCUGACUUAAUUGAUAAAUACUGGUGGAUAAAAAGCUUCUUCCAUAGUGAACCAUCACCACCUGUUGGCAGAAAAACACUAUCAGCAAGCAGAUUUAUAUGUAUUUCUGCAGUACCAACAGUUGAAAGAACAGCGUGGUGACCUUACUGACUGAGAUGCUAUAUACAGACCUGUUUUUCCAAGAGGCUUGGGAUCUUCCUAACGUCUGGGUUCAGCUACAAGAAGAAAACAAAACCUUUAGGAAAGUGGAAAAGUGUAUUUUCAAAAUAUUUGUCAGUAGCUUAAAUGGUAUUGCUUAAUGGAUAUGUCCAUGGCCCACCGUGUUCUUUACAGAAUUGUAUAAUUUGAGAUGUCUCUCUAAUGGAAGUAACCAGAAUUAAAUAUCCAGAUGAACUGAAUAAUUAGAGAAAAAAUUACAAUAAAGGUAAGAUUGUAGGUUUAGGAGAAGAAUCUGUAUUGGAUGACUUUACAAUGGGUUAAGUUACCUUUAAGAUAUCAGCUCUACAGGCAGUCACACUGAUACAAAGAUUCAGAUCUAUAGUCUGGAGUAGGACUGUUAUAUGGUACAUGUCUUCCAUCAAGUAUAUGUGUACCAGUUACAGAGAGUAAGUUUACAAGAAUGAUUGUCAAUUGCUUUGAUUUUAGAAAGCCCAGUUACACGAAGAAACAGUAAUCUGUUUGGUCUCUUUGGUCAAGCAGGAUGCAUAGAUCCUAACCUCAAAUACCCAGGUACAACUUUCAUUCAUAUCUAUGCAUGUUGGUUUCUGAGGACAGAUUAUAGGAGAUGGACAAGGAACCAGUAAUCCUAGUGGACACUGACAUUUUCCAAGGAGAAAAGCAAUCUUAAUCAGAGUUCAUACUCUCAGCUCUGUUUUAGAUUUCUCUCACUCACUUUGUUGUGGCUUGAAGAGCUACUUGUUCUUAGGUGACUAAUUCUAUCAGUAUUCUGCUCUCUGUCAGCUUAGUUAUGUGCUAGAUCUGGCAAAAUGUUCCACUCAAGGUAAUAACACUGUUAUUAUCCAAGUCAACCUUUGUUGUGAUUCGUGCUCUUGAAAGACACUGUAAUAUUGCAAUGUUGAAGACCAAAUGAAGCUAAUUAGUACAUCAGAUUACUUAUUCUACUGGGUAUGACUGAAAUGCAUCAGAGAAUAUGGCAAAUAACAUAUUUGGCUGGAUGAUAAAAUUUAUAUCAAUUAUCUAUGCAACUCUUUGAUGUAUUAUCAGUAAACCUGCCUGAUGUUUGUCCAUCACUGGAGGAACUAACAGUAGCAAAUAUUAAUGUAACCAACAUGUUUUUACUAUGAGUUAAUGGUUGUCAUGGCUGUGCAUAACUUCAAAGUGUAUCAAGUGGCUUCUUCAGGAGGCUUACAGUCUCCAUGAAGACAAUAAAUGCAUGGUAGGUGACAACAGACAAGAACACAAUUCUGAAAGCAUAAUUUCAAGAGUCUUUAAAUGAACUUAUAUGUCUUACUUUACUGCUAUUGUAUAGUUUCAUCUUUGUCCUUUAAGUGUACAGAAUGAGCUUUUUUUAUGCUAAGAUUUUUUUAUUAAUAAAUAUUUAAUCAGUAGUU